CUGUCUCUGCGCGAGUGCGCGGGUAAAAACCGCCGAUCGUUAACCAUCGAUGUUCUCCACUAAACCCUAAUUGACAGUGGAGUUGGGGUUUUGGGCUUAAAUACUUAUUUACAGCUUUUGUUUCAAAUUCUGGAAUCUCGGAGCGCGCCAGAGUUUUCUGAGUAAUAAAUCGGAGAUGUCUGAAAAUAAGCUCCACGGCGAUGCUGUGGAAAACCCUAGACUCACCUGGGACGGCUGCAGCGUCUUGCUUGACAUCAACGACGGCGACCGUUUGGUUUUCUCGCGCCUCUCCGCCGGAGCAAAAUUGAAAAUUGGGAAUAAGAAUUGCUCCCUGCAGCCCUUGAUUGGCUGCCCCUUCGGUUCCUUUUUUCGAGUCGAAAACGGAGCAGAAGGGCCUUAUUUGUCAAGAUAUACUCCCUCCAAUGAAGGUAAUAGUAUUCAAGAACAAGGGGAUUGCCAAUCGAAAGACGAGCUAAGAGAUAAUCGAGCAUUGGUUGAUAACAAUAAAGCGCAAAGCCUAACGGGGGAUGCCAUCAAUGAGAUGCGACGACAGGGCGCAAGUGGUGAUGAAAUAGUUGAAGCUCUCAUUGCCAACAGUGCGACGUUUGAGAAAAAGACUGUGUUCUCACAGGAGAAAUAUAGGCUUAAGAAGCAAAAAAAGUAUGCUCCCAUUGUACUUCUCAGGCGGCCUUUCACUAGAAGUAUAUGUGAGGCGUACUUGAAGAAAUAUCCGGUUAGAAUUGGAUUCUUGCGGAUGGAUACGUUAUGUCUGCUGCUUUCCAUGGCUAAUGUUUCUGCUAAUUCCGAUGUCCUUGUAGUCGACAUGGUUGGAGGGCUUCUUACUGGUGCUGUGGCAGAGCGUUUAGGAGGUACAGGUUAUGUCUGCAAUACAUAUCCUGGUGGCUCACCUUAUCCUAUGGAUAUAGCGAGGAUAUUCAACUUUGGAGUAGAAAUUUGCAAGAGGAUUGUGAGGUCUCCUCUGGCUGACCUUUUCUCCGUCCAGACUGAAAAGUCAAAAGUCUCGAGUCACAAUGGGGACUCUUGUAGCAUGGAAAUUGAAUCAAAUGAACAAAUAUCUUCAACGGCUGGCACGGAAGAAGUUUCUCUUGUGUCUGAGAGUAUGAUAUCAGAUCUUAUUCCUGAAACUACCUAUUCUGUAGAAAGAAAACCGAGCAAAUCUGCAAAACUAGGAGAAAAAGCACCGCAUGAAAUCAUCAGCUUGUGGAAAGGGAAUGGCUUCACUAGUUUAAUAAUAGCAGCACCAGAGCUGGAUACGUGGAGUCUAGUUAAAGAGAUAUUGCCACUUCUGUCAAAUUCUGCUCCUUUUGCUAUUUAUCACCAGUAUCUUCAGCCGCUCGCAACAUGCAUGCACAAUCUACAAGUGGGGAAAAUGGCAGUUGGCUUGCAAAUUUCAGAACCUUGGUUACGUGAAUAUCAGGUACUUCCAUCAAGAACCCAUCCAUGUAUGCAGAUGAAUGGAUUUGGUGGGUACAUUCUCAGUGGGACCAAGAUAUGUACCAACAACUGAUUUAUUCUAUACAAUAAAGUCGAUAACGAGAGAAUGGAGUUAUUUUGCCACCAAGCAAAGGAAAAAGCAGCUCAUUAUACGAAUAACCACGCUGCGAAUGGUGACUACUUGAGUACUUGUUACAUGGACGUUCGCUGGCAAAACCACUGGCUUCCAAUUGUACACUAGUAUUCCAUUUUUUAAUCUGUAAACCUGCAACUGCAAUUCUUUUUCCCUUGCAGGGUUUGCAUUCUGGUUUCUCGUCUUUAUGUAUUUCUUAUGGCAAUUCCUUGUCCUUCAUUCUGUGAUUGUGAACCUAGUUAAAUUUUCUUUAAAUGAACAUUACUGGCCGCUGUGAGGCUAUGCUAUUCGUACUGGUAGGGGUAUUUUGGUCAAAACAACUGGGAAACCAAUUUUUCUGAUAUAGGGAUUUUGCUUCACUUUAAUCA